UAUCGUUGAAGUUUUCUUUGGCAAGAUCUGAUCCCCAUCUCUCUCACAUCACAUGACACGCGUGCCUACUCUCUCGUUUGGGUAUUUUCUUCUUUAAUGUCUAUGAGACCCAGUUUCUGAUCCUUCACGGAGAGAUCUGUGGAUUCUUCUUGCUCAGAUCAAUUUCACCUUCCAAUCUCACACCAGAAAGUCCUCGCAUUUUAUCUCGUAAGUUUGGGUUUCUUGGCCUUGUAUAGGAGGAAAUGGGUAAGAAAGGAAACUGGUUCUCUGCAGUGAAGAAAGCCCUCAGUCCUGAUUCAAAGAAUAAAAAGGAAAAGAAGUCCAAUAAAUCCAAGAAGUGGUUUGGGAAACAAAAGAACUUGGAUCCAGUUUCCUUGUCUGAGGAAACAGCUGAAUUGGACGUUUCUCUUGCGCCUCCUCCUGCCAUAGAAGAUGUGAAACUAGCUGAAGUGGAGAAUGAACAAAGCAAGCAUGCCUACUCUGUCGCAUUUGCCACAGCUGUUGCGGCGGAGGCGGCUGUUGCAGCCGCUCAUGCUGCUGCUGAGGUUGUUCGCCUCACCAGCACUGUUUCCCAUUACUCUGGAAAGUCGAAAGAGGAAAUAGCAGCUAUCAAGAUUCAAACGGCUUUUCGAGGAUAUUUGGCAAGGAGGGCAUUGCGGGCCUUGAGAGGGUUGGUAAGGCUGAAAUCGUUGAUACAAGGGCAAUCUGUCAAACGUCAAGCCACUACCACGUUACGGUGCAUGCAAACUCUUGCACGUGUGCAGUCUCAGAUUCGUGCUAGGAGGAUUAGAAUGUCAGAGGAGAACCAAGCCCUUCAACAACAACUCCAACAUAAACACGAGAAGGAGCUCGAGAAGUUGAGAGCUUCUGUGGGUGAAGAUUGGAAUGAUAGUGCAAAAUCUAAAGAGGAAGUUGAAGCUAGUCUUCAGAGCAGGCAAGAAGCUGCUCUGAGAAGAGAAAGGGCACUGGCCUAUGCAUACUCUCAUCAGCAAAUGGGGAAGAACUCCUCAAAGUCUGCAAACCCAACAUUUAUGGAUCCAAACAAUCCUCACUGGGGUUGGAGUUGGUUGGAGCGUUGGAUGGCAGCUCGCCCAUGGGAGAGCCGAAGUGCAGUAGAUAACAAUGAUCGCUCCUCCAUCAAGAGCACAACAAGCUGCGCCAUGUCUGUCGGGGAAAUCAGCAAAUCCUAUUCUCGCCGCGAUAAUAAGCCUUCACCUACUGGCCCUAAAUUGAACCGACCUCCAAGUCGCCAUUCCCCUUCAACCCCUCCCUCAAAAGCACCAUCAACAUCAUCCGUAAGUGGAAUGACAAAACAAGCAAGCCUUAGAGGAAAUGGCUGGGAAGGGGAUGAUGACUCUAGGAGCACGUUCAGUGUCCAGUCUGAGCGGUAUCGAAGGCAUAGUAUUGCAGCAUCGUCAGUGAGAGAUGAUGAAAGCCUCGCAAGCUCACCUGCAGUUCCGAGUUACAUGGCACCCACGAAGUCAGCAAAAGCCAAGUCACGGCUGAGUCCAUUAGGCUUAGAUAAGAAUGGGACACCAGAGAAGGGAUUGCUGGGUUCUGCAAAGAAGCGGCUUUCAUUCACUGCUUCCCCAGCUGGGCCAAGGAGACACUCUGGUCCUCCAAGAAUGGAAACCGGUUCAAUCAAGGACGUUGUAGUGCAAAUGGAAGAGAUAUUAAGCAACGGUUAGAGCGGGUAGUUCCUGCACCUGAUAUAAGAUCUAUAAGCUCAUGCAAAGGGAAACAAAUCACAGAGUGAAUAAAUGGAAGUUGGGGGGACUCUGAUUUGUGUCGUCAGAGCCGUCUUCUGCUCACCAUAUUAUCAUUUGUUCUCUUUGUGAUCAUCUGUCUUUGCUCUUCUUAACAACUUUACUUCUUAGAUGUGCUAUUUGUUGUGUAGUUGAAAUGGGUUGGGAGACAUAUAAUUUGUUUAGUUGUAGAUUUGUGUUUGUUUUCUUCCCUAUCUCCUCUAUUGUGUUCAGUGUCAAGGAGAGGAAGACAAUGCUGUGUUGCUUAGGAGUGAUUGUAUUUGAUGCAUCUUUGUAAUGGGCGAGAUCAAAUUCUUCACCAUGUGUAUGGAUCUUGUGUGUUUUUUAUUCUAAUAAUAACUAGUGACUAGGCUCUUGAUAUUA